GUUGAAGAAGUCAAGAUUGCAUAGAUGGAAACGAAAGUGACGUUCCUUUUGUCACUUCUAGUCAUACUUGGGUAUAACUUGAGGGAAAGCGGAAGAAAUCAUGAGAGAUUAACCGCGGCAGUUCCCCAGUUCUACCACAAUCUCACAAGCGAUCCCUUCAACACCACUCUCUCAGAUACCGCAGUCGCCAACCGCCCCCCAAAUAUCCCAUUCUCUUUACGCCUCCUAAUUGCCUCAAGGACGAAACGUCCCAUAGGUCACCUAUCCUUCAAACGCCCCCGAAACGUGACAGCCUCAACCGAACCGCCUGCACCAGGAAGUUCAGCAGAAGUGGGCAACACUUUAUGGGGCCAGGCAGUGGAUCUAUCAAAAGGUCAAAAAUUUCUCUUUAUCAGCUUGGUGGCGAUUGUCCUAUUGCUGUGGUACUACAUUGGCCACGAGUGGACUAAGAAAUUGUACUCUGCCACCCGUGACAAGGCGGGGGCGGCAUUUGCUAUAUUACUGAGGAGGAACAGGAAGACCAAGAUACCAGCACUAAAGAAUUCCAGGCACCGUUCCGUAGUCCUUACAGAACCGAAACCGCCCUUUUGGAACUACGCAACGACACUCGGAAAAACAGUUACUUCACGGUGCCCUAGACGAUUUCAAAUAAAUAGGGGCAUGGUGGGUUUCCAGCAAAUCCCACAAGCUGGGGGCCUGAGAGAGAGACACACUUUUUGUGCCGUGAGGCACAGAGUAUAUAGGAGUCCAUGUUGAGAUGCAGAAUUUGAAGUCCGACUGUAGUGAGACGCAGACAGGGUUUGACACACAGAGGAAAGAAGACAUAGACAUUAGGGGACUGCAACAUGAAGUGUUGCAGUCCUACCUUGGUUAGCGUCGCUCUGUCUUGACUUACCCGUCUUGGACUCCUGCUCCAUGUCUUUUUUAUGUCUUAUCCUGUUAAAGAUGCCACUGCUAAAUCUAAAGAGUUGUAUUGCUGUCACUGUAAUUGUUAGUUGAGUGAUUCAGUUAUUUUGUCUAACUCUGUAUCCAGAGAUUACAUUACAUUGCAGUACAUUCUCUGGAUAAGGGGUUACACAAAAUAACUGAAUUAUCUCAUCCAAUUAAAGGUUAUGUAAGUGGCAUAAUUUGACAUUACUGAUAUAUAUACGUGGAUUGAUUUUUAAAUAGUCUUAUAUCUUAUUUCUGUCCACCUUGGAAAGCACACUAGAAAAUUACAUCUUAAGCCGUCCUUACAUUUUCUAUUACGAUGGCUCAAAAAGAAUUGAGUACUUUUCAAUAGGCAGACAUUUGUACAAGGUGCUACCCAAAAUUUCCCAAAAGUUGAACACUGCAUGCAAACCGCUUAUACCAUGGUUAUGAGCCACUAGGUGUCGCAAGCUGUAUCCAUUGUG